AUGAGCAGUGUCAACGAAGAGAAAGGUCAAAGCCGGUUCUCCAGUGGUGAUGGCAGCGCCCUGGACACUGCAGCCAUAGGCCUACCCCCAGAUCCUGAUGCUCAUCUCAACAAUGAAGAAAAGGCAGCUGUUCUUUCUACGAGCCAGUACAACAUGACUUUGACGAUUUUCUUCAUCUCAUACUCUGUUUUUGAGCCCCUGACAAACAUCAUGCUCAAACGGCUCCGACCGUCGGUGUUUAUUCCCAUCAUCAUGGUGGGAUGGGGUGCUAGCAUGUUGGGCAUGGGUUUUGCUAUUUUCUUCUCCGCGGCUGCUGUUUCAGGAUCCUUUGGGGGUCUCCUCGCUGCUGCCAUCGAGCUGAUGGACGGAAUCCGUGGCCGUCCCGGUUGGGCGUGGAUUUUUAUUCUCGAGGGCCUUUUCACCAUCCUUGCCGGUAUUGUCUCGUUUUUCUUGGUCCAUGACUUUCCUGACAAUGCCCGCUUCCUAACGUCUGAUGACCGUGUCCGCGUUGUCCGGCGCCUGAAACUUGACCAGCAGUCCUCGGCUGAGCAUGAGGAGUUUCGGAUGUCAUACUUCUGGUCAGCCGUCCGCGACUGGAAGAUGUGGCUGGGAAUGGUCAUCUAUAUGGGAUGCGACAUGCCGCUGUACGCCUUUUCACUGUUUCUUCCGUCCAUCAUCAAAAACUUGGGCUGGAGCAGCUCAGUGGUUCACAGCCAGCUCAUGUCGGUCCCACCAUACGCAGCUGCAGCAAUCUUGACCAUCCUCAUCGGGUACAUUGCCGAUCGGACCCAUGCUCGCGGCCUCUGCAAUAUUGCCGUCUCGUUCUUUGGAAUCGCAGGUUUCAGCAUGCUCCUAGGCUCAGACAGACCUGGUGUUCAGUACGCCGGAACAUUUCUGGGAGCCAUGGGAAUCUACCCAUGCAUUUCAAACACGAUCAGCUGGAUGGCAAACAACAUCGAGGGUGUUUACAAGCGCGGUGUGGUCCUUGGAUUUGUCAUUGGCUGGGGCAAUUUGAAUGGGAUUGUGUCGUCUAACAUCUUCUUCGAUUCGCCACGCUACUUUGUCGGCCAUGGCCUAAUUCUGGCUUACAUGGUUGUCUUUUUACUCGGAGGCUCCUUGAUCAUGACGAUACUUCUGCGCAGAGAAAACAGCCGCCGGAUACGGGGCGAACGCAAUGGGUGGACGGCAGGGCUGAGUGACAGUGAGAUUGAAGCCCUCGGCGAUAGACGUCCCGACUUCCUCUACACUACGUAG